GCGAGAACGUAGCUGGGAGUCCAUCGUCAUCGUCGUCACGAUCGUCGUCGUCGUUGCCGUCGCCUCUUCCGGCCAUGGAGCGCACGUAACCCCCUCGGCGAUGAUGCUGCGUAAUGCUCGCUCUUCCCCACGCCCGGUCGCAGCUAUAGCACGCGUCUCGCCAGUGCCUGCCAGGCACGGUCUCGCGGAUUAUCAAUUGCGCCGCCGCUCCGCCGCAUAUGAUUCAUACGAGCGCCCGCACGAUCGAGCUCGCGCCUUUCCUCAGGAUUAGAAGCCAAAUUUUAUAUAUCUGGAGAUGUUAGAAGUUGGUUUGCGAGUUGUGCGCGGCCAGGAUUGGAAAUGGGACGAUCAAGAUGGAGGUGAGGGUCAUGCCGGGACAGUAGUGGAGAUUGGCAAACCACCAUCCACCGGUAACUCGGCCUCCAGUCCGAAUCCUGCCGAUCGAACGCCAGACAAGACAGUUAUCGUUCAGUGGGACCAUGGCGCUAGGAGUAAUUAUAGGAUCGGAUACCAGGGUGCUUACGACUUGUUGGUGUUUGACAACGCGGCUGCCGGCGUCAAGCACACUAACAUCAUCUGCGACGGUUGCAAGAGACACGGGAUAGUCGGCAUUAGGUGGAAGUGUUCCCAGUGCUUCGACUACGAUCUGUGCACCCAGUGUUACAUGGCUAACGUGCACGAAUUGAGUCACACGUUCCUGCGAUUUCAGACAGCUAAUUCUGUGGGAGUUCAAUUGGGGCCAAGAGAAGAUUGUAGCAAGAUACCUUUGAAGGGGAUCUUUGUAGGGGCAAAGGUUGUUCGUGGACCGGAUUGGGAGUGGGGCAAUCAGGAUGGCGGUCGUGGAAAGACUGGUAGGGUGAUGGACAUACGUGGCUGGGAUAACGAGAGCAGCCGUUCCGUCGCGACUGUUACGUGGUCCACAGGUAGCACCAACGUGUACCGUCUGGGCUACAAAGGCUGCGUGGACCUAUGUUACGUAGAGGAAGCUAAAGCUGGUACCUAUUACAAGGACCACCUUCCGCUGCUCGGCCAGCCUGUCUUGACCGUGCCGGACAACGGAAACAGCUCGACACCGACCGGAAACGGUGUUUCCAGUGUCACAUCUAGUCCACACCAUCUAACAUUUAAUGUUGGUGAUAAGGUGAAGGUGCUGAUCGAGAUCGAUACCUUGAAGGAGAUGCAGGACGGCCAUGGUGGAUGGAAUCCGCGAAUGGCUGAUUACAUAGGAAAGAUUGGCACGGUACACCGAAUUACGGACAAGGGGGACGUUCGCGUGCAGUACGAAGGUUGCAACAACAGGUGGACCUUUCAUCCAGGUGCUCUGACCAAGGUUACCGCUAAGGACGCCUUUUCCCUCGGAGAUAUAGUCCGCGUAAAGAGCGACUUGAGUGCCGUCAAGCAUUACCAGCGUGGCCACGGUGAAUGGAUAGAUGUGAUGAAAAAUGCUUUAGGGAAAACCGGCAAGGUCAUAAAGAUCUAUUCCGAUGGCGACCUGCGCGUGGCGCUGGACGGUCAUACGUGGACGUUCAACCCACUGAGUGUUGUCCCUGUAUCUGCCGGUGCGAAUGCCGCGGCUGUCACGCAUGAUAACGGGAACAGAGAUCGCACGGUGGACGGCACCGACAGCGAGGUAGAAAAGCUACUGAGGGACGCAGCCAGGGGUGAAGCCGGCGUGGCCGCCGUGCGAGAAUUCCUGAAGAAGUACCCGGGACGGGUGGAUGCGCGCGCUCCUGGUGGCGGUAGGAAAACGUGCCUGCAAGUGGCCGCACAUCAAGGCCAGCGCGAGCUAUGCACCCUUCUUUUGGACGCCGGCGCCUCCCUGCGAGCGGUCGACGAGGACGGUGAUACGCCCUUGCAUUAUGCGGCGUUUGGUAAUCAGCCGGAAAUAAUGGAGCUGCUGCUGUCGCAAGGCGCCGCUAUCAACGCCGUUAACAAUGGCAGAUGCAGCGCUCUGCACGUAGCCGUUAACAAGCAACACGCGCAAUGCGUAAAGGUGCUGCUGCGUUAUCACUGCGACGUUAAUCUGCAGGAUUCCUACGGAGAUACAGCGUUGCACGAUGCGAUUGGGAAGGACGCGCUCGACGUGAUCGACGCGUUGUGCGCCUGCGAGAGGAUCGACUUCACGCUCAGGAACAAACGGGGCUUCAACGUCCUACAUCACGCGGCACUCAAGGGCAACGCUCAUGCGACGGAGAGGCUAGUUACUCGUGCUCGACACUUGGUGGACGUGAAGAAGGAGGACGGCUUCGCAGCUUUGCACCUGGCGGCGCUGAACGGGCACAGGGAAGUCGCGGCCAUUCUCCUUUCGCAGAACGGUGGCCGCGCCAAGGUCGACCUGCGCAACAACCGGCGGCAGACACCGCUGCACCUGGCGACCUCGCAGGGCCACUGGUCUCUCGUUGAGCUAUUGGUACACCACAACGCGGACAUUGCCAGCACGGACGAGGACGGCGACACCGUGCUGCACAUCGCGAUAGCCAAGAGUCCGAAUCAACAAACCGCCGUGCCCACGCCUGAAAGUAGUCGGGAAUCGCCGCUUAUAUGCGCGAUUUGGCAGAACCUGGCGAGGCAGGGCGCAAAGACUGAAUUAGCAUUAGCUUGUUUUCUAGUGAGCGUGGACAGGAGCUGCACACUUCUCGAGCAGGCAAAAAAUAAUAAGGAGAAGACGCCGAUUGAUCUCGUGGAGACUGAUCCGCAGAUCGCCCUGUCCGCCGAUCUUCUACGAUCGUAUCAAUACCAAAGUCACAGCACGCAGUUAGAAAUAGAAAACAAUCCACCGAGCGAUUACGUGGAGCCACUUACGUAUUGCAUGGAUAACAUGUCAAUAUCGGAAGGGCUGCGCGACGCGAGGAAGAAUAUAGCCGGUUCUGGCGACGCUGCGGGAUGCCGGGAUUGUUCGGGAGUGAUAACGGAUGCCAAGCAAGAGAACCGAAUCGACCCCACCAGCAGCGUCACACUCGUUGGUUGUGCGCGUUGCGGCCAUACUGUUGUUAAAACUCAAACAAUUCAAGAUGGCCAAUUGGCGACGGGCGAGGUCUCUAUAGCCAAUUCGGAGGAUAAAUCGAAGGACUUGACAUCGGAGGGCAAACGAAAGGAUGAUAUCGGCGACAGGGAGAAAGAGAAAGACAAAGAUCUAGAACGAUUACGUUACUUGGAGACCAGGGUCGCGGAUCUCGAGGAGGCGAAUAUGUGCAGCAUCUGCAUGGAGCGCCGCCGUAACGUCGCGUUUCUCUGCGGGCACGGCGCAUGUGAGCACUGCGCCGCGCCGUUAAAGACCUGUCACAUGUGCCGCAAGACUAUCACGAAGAAGAUUAACUUGUAUUAGGUGAUUGUCAAUAGCCACGUCGGAGCUCACGUCGGAGCAUCGGUAUGGUCUUACGAGUGAUUUAUACAUAUGCAGAGUGUUUCGAAAGGAAUAGUCAUCAGUGAUCCGUCAAGUCGAUGAAUAAAAUGAAUGUAAGGAGUCGUCGUCGAAUCAGAUGAUUUUGAUAAACGUAUAUUCAAGUCCGAACUGAAUCGCGGUGUCACGACGACUAAAAAUUAUAUAAAGUAUAUAAGUACGAGAUAAGUGUAAAAAUAUAAGUAUUUGUGAACGCCGACGAAGGGAAAAGUAAUUCAACUACCGUGUAAUAUUUAACGUUAUUAUCAUUAUCCUGAUAAAAAUGCAAAACGUUGAAUCUCA